AAUAAGAUAAGAAAGGCCAAUGUAAAUUUUCGAACAUUUUUAAUUCAAACUAUUGGAAAUAUUUGCUGCAUCUCCAUAUAAAAGAAAUGAAGAUUUUCAAAAUACUCGUUUAUGUAUAUGGCAAUGGGAAUUUGUGAACAGUAGAAAACUUUAUGCAAUUGUGACUGGUUUAUUAUGGGAAGAAGAUAAGAAACAAAUUCAAUUUUGAAUAGUCAACGGAACAUUGAAAAAAUUUAAUUGUAUCAGCAAAAUAUUUUACAAUUAAAAAUUUAAUUAUGACAUCGGUAAAACUACAAGUGCUGAGAACUCAAUUAACGAAAUGUCGAGAAAAAAUAUAUUUAGGUUCCAGCGAUAUGAAAACCCGCAUAGAGUGGUUAAAUAAUUUCUGUGGUGAUUUUUAUUUAUUUGCCAACCACCUGCACAAAUUUAUCGCCAGUGAAAUGAAGGAAGAAGAUCAUGAGGGAAAUGAAAUGAUGGAUAACAUUUUUCUUUGCUUGGCUCAAGUAUGCUUGUGUACAAAAUAUCUGGAACGAAUUAUACGAGCGGAGGAUACUGCUCGUAUUGCAAUACCAAGUUCUCGGAAACAUUUUAUUGAUCGCAUAAUGUUGUGCUUCGACAAAUUAGAAAAAAGUUUUAGUAAUUUAUGCAAUCCUGAGAAUAAAUCAGCUAAACAGUUAAUGUCUGGUUAUGGAUUUAUUACCUUGUUAGAUAUUGCAAUGGAUCACUUAAAAGAGUACAAUACUUACCAGGAAGAUGAGAAUAUUGAUACCGAUGAACUAAACCAACUUGAAGAUGCACUAGAGUCCAGUAAAGAAGUUUACCAGGCCGUGCGUUUAAUGAUCAGUCAUGCACUUGCGCUAGCAAAUGUCGCAUUGAUUGAGGAUAAAACAGCCAUCAGUGCCUUAUGUCAAAAGGUCUUGCGAGAAUGCACUGCAUUUCAACAGGAAUGUCAAAGCAAUUUGAAACUCAUACGAACUAAUAAUUGGCAUCGCAGAAUAAAAGCAAUCGCACUGGGAGCCUCAUUAACGCAAUUGCAUCAGUACAUUGAUGGCACCGUUUUGCGUUUAAUAUUCCUUUGUUUCGCAGAUUUAGAAAAGUUUUCAUUGGAUAAACUGCGCGCUAAGAUGCGCCAAAACAGAGCAGACGACACCGAGUUAGAUGAAUUCAUAGCAGAUUUUGAUGUAAAUCUAGAUAGAUUAUCACAAAUUGGACUCUUUGCUGCUAGCGACGCCUUGAAGCCCAAAUUAAAGACUUUGGUGCGCAGUUGUAUGGCAUCACUGGAAGCACUAGAUUCAUGUAUUAUACCCUCAUUGCAAGCAUAUAACGGCACUGAUAUGCAUACUGAAAUACUGGAGCAGCAUUUUUAUGAAGAAAUUAAUAAGUUCAAAACAGUUUUAUAUGAAAUUGUCGAUGCACAACCGAUCACUAGAUGUUUUUACGAAUUGUUUCACUCAUGCCUUGCUGACACGGAAAAGCAAUUUAACAAAUCGAAUUUGGAAGAUUUGGUACAAAUGGGCGAAUUUCUCUUGCAAUAUUUUCAAUAUCCUGCCAACAAAAAAGAACUGCUACACUCUCCAAAACUUAAAAAUAAUGCACUAGAACUUUUUCAAAAAUACAAAUUGAUGUUAAAUGAAUGUCGGGCCAUUUUAGUAUGUGCCGAUCAAGUGGAUGACGUGCGUAUAAUGAAACGUUUUAAAAUACUGCGUGCUAUUUUGCGCCGUUUCGUUGAUGCGCUUGAGCCAACCGAAAAUGUGUCAGACAAAAAAGUUGAAGAGAAUCUUACUGUUAUACAAAGCACUGCUACUGAUAUACAAACAACAAUUGACUUGAAUGCAUCGCAGUAUAUACUAGAUAGUAUAGAACCGAGCAUUUGCAGCAUAUUGUAUCGCAAUGAAACCGAUGUAUUUACGCCACGUAGGCGUGCGGUAAGCGAUUCCAUGCGUGGUAACUAUUCUAAAUGUUCAAUAUUUCAAAACGAUAAAGUGCUAUCAAAUACAAAAUUAAACGAUGGCGCGCAAAAUCAGUUCAGGCAGUGUCGCAGUAGUAGCGCUGGCAGCAGUAUGCGUCGGAAAGAAAGUUUGCGUACAGUGAUGUUUAAGCGUCAAAAAUCUGCAGAGACACAGAAAAUUUGUAAUUUUUAUUUGCAAAAUUCGGCCAGUUUGCAAAUUUCGGAAAUACUAGAUCAAUUGACGGAGAUAUCUGGUAACAGCCCGAACGCAACACAAGAACAUUUACUGAACACCUCGAUAAUGGAAUAGAUAAUUCUACUUGCAACUUUAAAUAUUAAAAAAAAAAUCUCUAAUUGUAAGUGUUUGCGGCCUAUGCAAUCUUAAAAAUAUCUAUCUAUAGCUUAUUUAUAUUGUAAGUAUAACUUUGAUAUGCUAAUUUUCGUUCGUAAUUUUUAAAUUAUUGAUGUGAUUAUUUGAACACCUUAUUAUUUUAUUAUUUAAAUACCAAUAAUUGUUCAGAGUCGUCGUCGUUAAUAUUUUCAACAACAAUAAGUAUUGUAUUGUGAUCUUUUAUAACUGCUUCUUUCUUAAGAUUUAUACAACUCUUCCUUAUACUAAUAAGCUCUACAAAUUGUGUACGCGUAUGCGUUAAUUCUUGGUACAUUGGCAGCCAUAUUUUGUACUUUCGUUAUAUAUUUGGAAUAAAAAAUACGUUUAUAAAACAGAAAA